UUGAUUGAAUCGUAUUGAUUCUGGCUUCACUACAUUUUUGCAAGGUUGCGUUUUAAAUUUAAAAUCUUUAAAAGCAAUUCUUUUGACGCCAUGGUGUUUUUUAAAGGACGUGUUUUGUUAAAGAAAUUGUUGACUCCGACUAAGUCUGUCACAACGGCACGGUUAUUUGGAAAUAGGGCAAGCACUUUAUAUCAAAGCAGUUCCUCCUCUCAAGCUGGAUUCUUCCCAGCUUCUGAAGGUGUUAUGCUUCCCCCAGGAGCUUUCAAAAACAAAGUGGCCUUUAUUACUGGUGGAGGCACAGGACUCGGGCGAGGCAUUGCCUCCAAUCUCUCUGCACUGGGAGCACAGUGUGUGAUAGCCAGCAGAAAACUUGAUGUUUUGAAGAAAACUGCUGAUGAAAUCUCACAACAGACGGGAAACAAGGUUCAUGCUAUCCAGUGUGACGUGAGAGAUCCUGCUUCAGUGACGUCUGCUGUUAACCAGCUCAUCAGUGAUGUCGGUCUACCUGAUGUAGUAAUAAACAAUGCUGCUGGAAACUUUAUAUGCCCUUCAGAAAACCUCUCACCAAAUGCUUGGAGAACCAUCACAGACAUCGUCCUGAACGGCACGGCUUAUGUCACGCUGGAAGUUGGGAAGCAUCUCAUCAAAGCUGAGAAAGGUGCUGCGUUUUUGGCCAUCACCACAAUCUACGCCGAGAGCGGCUCUGGGUUCGUCGUUCCAAGCGCUGCAGCUAAAUCUGGAGUGGAAACCCUGUGCAAGUCUCUGGCGGCAGAAUGGGGCAGAUAUGGUAUGCGAUUUAACGUUAUUCAACCCGGACCGAUCAAAACCAAGGGUGCGUUUAGCAGACUGGACCCCACGGGCAUGUUCGAGAAGUCUAUGAUCCAUAGGAUACCCGCCGGUCGUCUGGGCACUCCAGGAGAGAUUGCCAACCUGGCUGCCUACCUCUGCAGCGAUUACGCCAGCUGGGUGUCAGGCGCGAUCAUCAGAAUGGAUGGCGGUGAAUACGUCAGUAUGGCUGGCGAGUUCAAUGAUCUGAAGAAGGUCACAAAAGAGCAGUGGGCUAUGAUGGAGGCAAUGAUCAGGAGUACAAAAGGAUCAUAAACCAAAAAUCAUGCAUGGUAAAAAUUGGCAGUCCUGAUGUUUGUCUUCCAUUGUAUACACAAAAUGUUAUGUGUUAUGUGAAAACAGCAUUACAAGCAAGCAAAGUUUAUAUUGUAGAUAAAGUCAUAUCAUGAUCUGCCCUGCCACAUGUGAAUGUCCAUCCUCUAAAACGUUUUUAGAAAUGUAUCAAUUUAUUGCAGUAUUUGCAAACUUAAACAUUGGUUGACUAUGUCUGUAACUAAUUUAGUUUUCAUGACAGAUUUGCCUUAAUUUUCUGCUGUAAAAACUAGUUCUCACUUCCCCAACACAUGCUGACAAAAUUGGUGGAUGGUAAAGUAACUUUAACAAUGAAGUUAACAUUCUUUAGGGCUGUUGGCAUGUAAGUUACAUU